AUGGCUGUAGCCUGCACAUUGAGACUGAUUAUCGGCGCUGGUCUCAUCUUAUACCCGCUAGACCACGAGCGCGAGCCCUGGCUCGAGUUGUGGCCCACCUGGUAUGGAAGCGUAUGGACAUCCGAACGUGGAAAUCGUUGUGGAACACCUGCGGCAGCGGCGAAUCAACUCCAGCUCGUGCUUGGGCUGGGGAGAGAGACGCUUCUAAGUGCGCGUGUGCGAGGCGGCGGGUGUGAAGAAUCACUGGAACUGCUGCAGGAGGUGUUCAUGCAGGUGGAUGUGGAGGGCAUUUUCUCGGUGCAGUUCGAGAUGGAAGUGAAAAUCCACAGCGGCACCGGUACUCGAGCAGCGUGCCAUGACGCGAGUCGAUGCAUUCGCAUUGUUGCAGAAAAGAGUGACCUUUCGCUAUACAAUAUGGGAGGUUAA